GUGUGGCGGGAGUGAUAGUGUGCCAGUAUGGGUGGUGUGGAGGCAGGUGUGUGGCCACCACAACCACCACAACCGUCCUGCUGGCCGCCAGCACUCCCUCCACCACCUCGACACUCCCAACAUGUGCACUGUCCUACGACGCAGGAGGGACCAGACGUGCAUGGCCGUGACUGGCCUUGUGACAAUGGUGACAGUGUGCUUACUGACCAUCAGCAGGUCUCCAAGUGUCUCUGAGCUCCAGGACAGUUACCAGGAGUUCUCCAGCUCCGUGUACCACCGUCUGGAGGAGCUGCGGAGAGUGAAAGGGUGUGAGGGAGAGGCCGGGGACGGUGCUCCACACGCCUCAACACAUCACCACCUUCCAACCAUCUACAUUAUCACCCCAACCUACAAGCGCCCCGAGCAGAUGCCCGAGCUGACGAGGCUCGCUCAGACGCUGCUGAGCGUACCCAACAUCCACUGGAUCGUCGCUGAGGACAGCAACACAACCAACACUCAAGUUGUUGAGUUCCUUAAGUACAUCCGUCUACCAUACACCUACUUGCUGACACCCAUGCCCGAGGUCUUCAGGAACCCACAGCUGCUGGCGCAGCCAAAGGGCGUGGCCAACAGGAACGCCGGCAUGGACUGGGUUCGCGUCCACGCCACAGAGGGCGUCUUGUACUUUGCAGACGACGACAACACCUAUGAUAUUAGGGUCUUCGAGGAAAUGCGGUACACGAAGAAGGUGUCUAUGUUUCCCGUGGGCUUGCUGACGACGGCGGGGCUGUCCACGCCAGUGCUGAAGGAGGGCCGGUUUGUGGGAUGGUACGAUGGGUGGAUAGGUGGACGCAAGUUCCCCGUCGACAUGGCUGGCUUCGCUGUCUCCGUCCCUUAUCUUCUUAGUGUUCCAACAGCCAAGAUGCCCUACACGGCCGGGCUGGAGGAGACGGGCUUCCUCACCAGCCUCAAUGUCCAGCCCGAAGACUUAGAGUUCCUGGCUGACAACUGUACCAAGAUAUAUGUGUGGCACACCAAGACCUUCAGGAACGCCGCCUCUAGCAGGAACAUCCUCAAGCCGGAGUACAACGACACCAACCUCCGGGUCCUACAGGACCUCCUCAUCAUCAAUGAGUCCUGACCUACGUCGCAUCUCACCUGAGUGAAUCAAUGAGUGAGUGAGUGAGAGUAUGGUUAGUGUGUUAAGGGUAUACGUUGUUGUAUACUUGUUAGGUACAUGAAGGCAGUGGGCUGGUCGGUAGAGCGAAGGCCUCAUUUCUUGCAGGGUCGGCGUUCGAUUCCCGAUGGUCCAAAUGAUUGUGUCUUAUCCUCAUAGCCCAUCUCCUUAUCCUCAUUCCCCAGCUCCUGUUCCUCAUAACCCAGCUCCUGUUCCUCAUACCCCAGCUCCUGUUCCUCAUAUCCCCAGCUUCUUUUCCUCAUAUCCCCAGCUCCUUGUCCUCAUACCCCAGCUCCUUAUCCUCAUAUCCCAGCUCCUU